AUGAGUAAAAGGAAAGCACCUGAUCAAAAUCCAAAUAGUGAUUUUUGCGACUUUCUUAUCGAGCUUGCGGAAUACGAGAAGAAUGUGUCGCGACAAAUACACAAGCACAACGCUUACAGAUAUGUCUUACUUCAUUGGCAGGGAGUUUGCAUUCUUCCAAAAUCAGAGGAGCAAGUGCAUAGAAGAAUUGACAUCAGGUUGAUUCCCCACGAUCAGUUCUUCUGCGGGAUUCUAUACUUCACUGGUAGUGAUGAGUUUAACAGAAGGAUGCGACAAAAUGCUCUUGAGAAGGGCUUCACUAUUAAUGAGUAUUCCAUCAGGCCCAUGGGGAGUACCGGUGUGCCAGGAGAACUGAUACCUGUUUCAAGUGAACGAGAAAUAUUUGAAAUUAUCGGCAUGGACUACAAAGAGCCCAGCGAAAGGAAUCUGUGAACUACAUUUCCCUAGAAAAAAUAGCCGCACGACACUGAUUUAUUCUCAAGCAACCCCGUUCCCAGGCCGUUCCGUCCCAAUAUAUUAAGGUUAAAGCCCUGCUGGGAACGGAGUUUGUUACUCAAUUUUUUUGUUGUAACCAUUACAAUGGAUUGAACGCAUUUCCGAACACUUCUAAAGAGCAUUCAUGUGUUUGUCACUGGACAUUUCGUUGUAGAUAAAUCGAUCAGUGAUCGAGAAGACUUGUCUAAUAGACCAAAAUGUUUUGCUACCAUGGCGGAAUUGUUUGAUGUAACUUUUUUUGUCAUCCGCUGUCGGAGAAACUUGACUUUCGAAGGAUUACCAUCCCGUCGAAAUUAAAAAGAGAUUAACAAAUUUUCGAUAUGACGAGUUAGGAAUCAAGAAGGGGAAAAAAAUGCUCACUACUGAAAAAGCAUUCAUAACUGUCGCGUAAUUGCCCCCUUUCGGAUUCCACCGGGUAGCUUAACUCCGGGAUAGAUUUGUGGUUGCACGGAAUUGCAUUUUUCAAGAAAUUGGUGUUUUCGUCGUCAUGUUAUCGGAAUUGCUUAUUUUUAAGUUUCGCUGCCUUUCAUGGCAAUAUUUGUUUUUCACUUUCAUUUCACAGCAAUUCGUGGCAAAAAUGCGAAACAAGUAACUUGCGGUUUGAAAGAUCAAUUGUUUUGUAUACCGUUAUUGUUUACAAGUCAAUUAACUUCACCACAAUAAAGCAAAACUUUAUUCUUUAA